UCGUGGCUCUUCAGUACCAAAUUUUGAAUAUGUUUCAUAUGAUAGAGUUCAAGACUUGUAUGAACAAAACAAAGGAACUUUAUAUUUCAUUCCUGAAGGCUUUGAGCCAGUUCUAGUUCCUAACGAUUCAAAAGCUCAAGCAGUCACAAAUCUAUUAGAAAAUGCUAAACCAGUAUCAGCAGCUCCAAAUGUUCCUAGAAUGUUACCUGAUACUGACGUACGUCUACCAUCAUUUGCUCUUCCAGUUGGUGUAGCUGGUCCAGCACCAAAAAGUACUUCAUCCAACACUAAAAAUAAAGUUAAAAAACCACCAAGACCACCAAACGCAUUCAUACUUUAUCGUAGAGCAAAACAACCUGGUAUUGUUGCAAAAAAUCAAGGAAUCAGCAAUAAUGAU